CUUGUAGCCCCCUUUUUUCUUGGUGGAAAUUCUUGCAGUCUUGCUCGAAAGUUUUUGGGGUAGAAAAUUACUUAUCGUGCCGGUAGGGAAGAGGAACUGCUGAACUGACAUCAUCCACAGACACAGCAGACUGAUGAAUUUUUUCGACUUUUACCAGUAGGAGUACUUGUAGUUAUAGAAAACUCGUUAAACGAGGAACUCAGAAGAUAAGAAUGGCUACAUCGUCCCAGGGUGGUUCGAGUGGAUCGGCGUUGCCCAAUCAUGGGGAAUUUCUUGAAGGAAUGCCAACGCACAUGCUCAUUCAGGAGUUGACGAGACGGCAUCGAAUUCUUGGAGCGCCAACAAAACGAACCGUCAUCGUGGGGCCACCUUCAUCGGGGAAGUCAUCUGUUGCAGAGCAUUUUCGACACAAUUUUGGCUACUGUAGUCCUCUAGGGGCCCUCGACUCGCCACAUAUGACGGCAGAAGACAAACUACAGCGGAUUCAGGUACUAGAAGUUGUGAAUAUCGAAUUUUGAAUCAGAUAUAGAAUAUAUCCUCGCUUCGUUAUCUUUGAGUUUGAUUUUGUUAUCCGUUUGUAAUAUUCUGCUUUUGGGCAUCCCCAUCCUCGUAUGACAUCUUUUCAGGAGCGUUUGGCACAACCGCAAUGUCGAAAAGGUUUUGUUGUUGACGGCUUUCCCGCGAACACAGUGCAGGCUGAAAUGCUAAGCAAGACCUUGGCCGCAGAGAACCAAGAGAUCGACCGCUGUGUCGUCUUGGAUGCGACAGAUAUAGCAAGCCUGCACUUCCCCGACCAAGCACAGAUGACACAAAAUUAUGAUUUUUGCUGGUCGGCUUCAGCUAUUAGUCCGUAUUAAUGCUCGGAAAUAACUGGUAAUUGAGUAAGAUUUCCAUUGUCUUCAUGCUUCGUAAGAAAAAAUCCGAAUGCUCUGCUGACGGCUUUGGUCUAAUGUCAAUCGGCCCACCAGGGUAUGUCAGAAGGGGAGUUGAAAGCUGCGCGAGAGGACGCCGCUCGAGUUUCCCAAUGGUUCGAAGCUAAAGGAGUUCCGUGUGUGAAGAUCGAUUGUGGGCUGCCAAAAGACGAGGUCAAUCGCUUGGCAGCAGAAGGUGUCAUGGCCGCUGCCGCCGGCGCGUAAUUCACUUGACCUUCUGGUAACGUUUCCAAACGAGGUGGCACGCUCGUACCAGCUACGGUGAUUAUGGGGGUUUCGGAAAGAACGUCCGAUAAUCUAAUGCAGUCCUGCGCACUGCAUCCUCAUCGAAAACCACAUUUUUCUCAUCGUAUUCAUCAAACAACCUGUUCUUCUAACUACUACUUGUACGUGAUCUGCAAGAAAAUACGGAUUGAAUUUGAAGCCGCUUUCGUAUCAAGAGAGAGAUACGAUUAUCAAAACGAGUGUGAAACAAUUUUUCUAGCUAGGCGCGCGUUGUUAUGAGAUAUCGUCAUACUAGAUCACGGUGCAUGUUGUACAUGUGUUCCAC